GUCGUCGAGAAAUCCUCAGUUGGGCUCUAUAGCCCUUCAAAGCCCUUCAAGCGAGACGCAGACCGUCCGAAUUACACCAGCAACUUGCAAUGACUUAUCUCUAUUCAAAUCUAUACUAAAGGAAUAUAGAAAGCUCGAUGAUGGCAUAACUAUGCGACUCAAUCGGGCUCAAGCGUUUAUUAGAGAUCAAGAACGUGAACGGACAUCGCCAGGGCCUGACAGUAUUCAAAAUCAGGCCUGUAUUGCCGUCUGGAGGGAACUCAUGGGCAAUUGGAAGAGGAGGACUCAGUUGAUCAACUACUGCGUCUCCGUUGUCGAUGAAUCAAUAGCAGAAAACAAGGACCUGGCAGAACGAAGUGACAACCCAGCGGAGCAACGUCGAGCACAGGCGACAAGCUAUGCGGAAGAAGUCAAGCGCAACCAGAUACGAAAUGAACGGACAGUGGAAAAGAUCAUCAGACAACGAGCGAUAGAUGCCUUCCAUUCACGUUGUCAAUAUUUUACCCCUCCGCAGUCAGACCAAGAGGCGAAUUCUAUAUGGGAGGAUGCAAAGCAUUAAAGAUGAAUGGGGUUCCAUGCCCAGCGUCGUUUCGGUCUGGACGGCGUUUCCCUACGGUGUGAGACGGUGACCAACUCCGACGGCGACGUAGUAGGCGCCUGUGGCUCCGUGCGGAACGUCUCAUUCUGUUCUUGGCCUUCCGUUCGUUCUCUCAAAGAAGUACACCGUGGGUUUAAAACUUUCUCAGUGGGCAUUUCUCACCGUGGACAGAGCUACCACUUUUUAAUUAGGUUUCAGUAGAAAUAUUCUGGCCUUACAAAUUAGUAUGAUACAAUGACGCCAUCUCCC